AUAGUUGGUGAUGUUUACCGAUCAAUCUUAUUUGAUGAUAGUAAGAAUCGAAGUACGAGCCUAUCAGAGAGUUUGUUUGGAUUAGCACCAAGGUAACGAGGAAAACAUCGCAACAGCGUUUACUACUCGUGUUUGAACAGCACUUGGAUACCAAAAGUACCUCGUACUUGCCUGUUCUCAGGAACUAUCCCUACAACUAUACUUACAGUAAAAUAAGUAGAGAAGGCUACUUUGGGGAAAAAUGAGUGCUUGGUCCAGUGGGAUUUGCGGCUGCUUUGAAGACAUAGGCAUUUGUGCUACUGCCUAUUUUUGUCCGUGCAUUGUUGCUGGGAGAAACGCCGAAGCUGUGGGAGAAAGCUGUUUUGCACAUGGAUGUUUUUCCACUCUGGGAUGUAUUGGGAUCUUUUGCGGUGCUAAAAUCCGUGAAAAAAUUCGACAGCAGUACUCUAUCGAGGGUUCAUUUGGGCACGACUGUCUAAUGCACUGGUUUUGUCCAGUCUGUGCUUAUGCUCAAGAAGCUAGGGAAAUCAAGUCACGUGUGCCCGCUGGAGCAGCAAUAGUGCGUUCCUAAUGAAUGCCACCAUUUUGAAGAGUUCAAUGUCAAGUAGCUAUUCCAAGUUAUUUUUCUAUUCCCAAAAUUAUAUUAGCUUGACAAUGAGUGAAAUCGGUACUUAUUCCACUAUACCCGACUCUUCUGAUCAAUUACGUAAUGAAUUUACCAUUAUAAACUUUCCAAAAAAGAUCCCAUCGAAAACUGACAUUUUCCACACGCUAAAUCCGUGAAACAGUAUGUAUUUCAAAAAUAACAAUUUAUAUAAGUAUGAAAAAAGCUGUUCAGUAUAUGUCUUCGUGAAUAUAAAGGAAAGGUCAGUUUAGGGUGCGUUGGGAUGAGUCAUGCGCAGUGACGCCUUUUGUACAGCAAAGAAUGGUGGGACUUGUACUCCUCGCAUAUUUUUUAGUUUCUUCAAAUUCUCCCCAAAAGCCGUUUUAUGCUUUUCUUGUAGAGACUGCUCAACUUCGUCUUGUUUUGCAAAUAACAAGCAAAUUAAAACAGCUUACUGGCUAGACUGUUUUAGUGUACAUGAAAAAGUCAGAGGACUACAACUUUUACAACUUUAUUUUAAUCAUAGUUUUGUUGCACAAAAUGGCGUCGCUGCACGUUGUGAAUUUGUGACAUUUUUUAUUUAUUGUAAGGUUAAUCAGUUCUUUUAAAGAAAAAAAGAGAAGAACCUGAUUAUUUUAAUUGAAUGGACUUUCUCUAUUACUUUAGACUUUUGCAGUUGCUCACAGUAAGAUAUUGAUCAGUAAACAUCACCAACUAUUUACUCAACCUUAAAUAAUAUACUUAAAAAGGCAUCCUCAUUUAUUAAUCACCUCAAUUUAUAGUCACUCAAACACCCCCAACAAAUCUGGUAUAUAAGAAGAAAACAGAGUGUUAAAAAAACCUACAGCACUAUUUAUCAAAACGUGUCUACCAUUUUGACAUUACGUCUCAGCUUUCUUUCAACCAUUAUAUCUAAAGUGGUAUAAUACACGGCAUUAGAAGGACACAGAAAUUUGCAUUUUCAUAUAAUAGUCAAAUUACCGAAUAAAUUUGUAAGUCUA